AUGCUUCUUAUCAAGAGCCCUAAACCAAACGAAAAAGGAGUUACUGAAGAAAAAGAAUCAUCAAAGAAUGUACCUGAACAAAAAAGUUCUCAGAGGAGAAGAAAGAGAAAAGCUGUUUCUUUAACAAGAAAGAAAAAACUUGAUGAAAAUCAAGAUUCAGAGUCUCAAAAAAAUCAGAUAAAGAGAAGUAAAAAGAAGAAAGUAAAUAAAGAAUUUGAUACAAUCCGAAACAGGUGCUCACCUGGAUCUUUGUUAUCUGUUAUACAAGGAUUCAGUGAUGUUCAAAAGGAUUGUGUUAGAAAGAUGGGUUUUGGCGAUAUUCUAAAGAUGAAAAUGAUAGAUGUGCCAGGGGCAUUAAGUUGUUUUGUUCUUCAGAAGUUUAAUUCAAAAACAAAGAAAAUUGUUAUGGAAGGAGGUGUGAUUGAUGUUACUCGAGAGUCAGUCAAUCAAAUACUUGGAUUUCCAUUAGGAAAGACAAAAUUUUCAAGUCUUCCAUUUAGAACUGCAGAUGAUAACAGUUAUGAGAAAUGGACAGAACAAUUUGAUAACAAGAGCAUUAUUCGACUGAAGGAGAUAAAGAUGAAAAUUGUUUCGAGCAACAAAUCAGAUAUGAACUUUAAGCUGAAUUUUUUAGCAUUGUUGAUUAACUGUUUAAUUGAAACAAAUAGAGUGAGUUCUAAAGUUUUAAAAGUUAAGAGAACACGUCCAGUCAUAUGCCACUGGACUAUAGAGAAGGUUAAGAUCAGAGAAGAUUAUGAGAAAGAAGAAAUUGGUGAAUUUGGAACAGGGGAAUUGAAUGAUGAAUUCAUACAAGAAGAAUUGAAUGAGGAGGAUUAUCAAGAAAUGAUUCUGAUGAAGUGUAGGAAGUUAAAUUUGUUGAUUAAGAAUGGAAUUAGUACUUUCUCACAAAAUGUGAUAUUAAAUCAUUUGGAAAGUAGUUUCGUAGAAAUUUUAAAUGAUGAGGUUGGAGAUGAUGAAGAUGAUAAAGGAGAAGAGAUCAAAAAGAGGAGGUCUUCAAGAAUCAGUAAUAUGGUGAAGGAAAUUCCACAAAAUGCUGAAUCUGUUGCCAAAGUUGCCAAAAGAUCUUUUUCUUUAAAGAAGUACAUAAAAGACAAAAAUGUCCCUCAUUGUGAAAAAGAAAUUGCAACAAGAGGAAAAGAUGUUGUAAUGCAGGAAACAAAUGAUAAGAAAGUAGAGGAUCCUGUGAAAGACAAAAAUGCCCCUGUGAAAGUAAAAAAACGACAAUAUUUAAAAGGAUGUGUGGAAGGAAAUAAUGCUGAUAAAGAAGAAUGA